AUGAGGCGUUUCAGUACCUUAUUAGCAUCUUUUAAGACAUGCAAGCAACCUCAACCUACGAUCGAACGACCACUUGCUACAUCUUUAAUCACUCCCAAGCAUUUUUAUGAUCAAUCUAGGUUCUUUUCAGCUCAGACAGGAGUGAUCCCUCGAGAUUACGACCAUCCUUCACGGAUUGAGUUUCAACAAGAUUAUGAUAGUGCUAAAGGUGUUGGUGUAGAAAAGAAAAAAUGUGAAAUUCGUGUUUUGUCAAUAGAAAAUGUGAAGCCCAAUAAGCCCACUCCUGACUACCUUCGAUCAUUCAAGCUUUCUGCAUUGGAUCAAAUCUAUGGUCCGAGUUAUGUCCCACUUGUCUGGUUUUAUCCAAACAAUUUUAAUGGGAACAAAAACAUUCAUGACAUCGUUCUUCAAAGAUCAAAACUGCUAAAGCAAUCACUCUCGGAAACACUCUCUUGGUUUUACCCAUUUGCAGGAAAGUAUAUCGAUGAUAACCACGUCGACUGUAAUGAUGAAGGCGUUUACUACGUUGAAACACGAAUUGAGGGUGAUCUUUCGAGUUUCAUUGCAAAACCAGAUUACAAGUUAGUACAGAGGCUACUUCCGAUGCCACCAAACUCAACGGAGCCAACGCGAGGAUUCUAUCUCGCUAUGGUCCAAGUAAACUUCUUUAGUUGUGGCGGUGUUGCAAUUAGCAUGUCGAAUUCACAUAAACUCAUUGAUGGUUGCACUUACAUGAGGUUUAUAAGUGCGUGGGCGUCUGCAGCAAACGUUGAUAAAGAGAAAGUUUACCCUAAUUUUGACACUUCCUCACUUUUUCCGCCCAACAUUAAACCGCCUUCAUAUCCAUGUUUCCCGAUCUCAACCUUGACUGAACGACCAAUGUUGUUAAAGACAGGAAAGUGUUCGACUGAAAGAUUCCGGUUUGAUGCAAAGGCUUUACAAGCACUUAAGUCCAAAGCUGCUGAAUCUGUCUCCUCCACUCGUGUGGUAGCGGUCACCUCAUUACUUUGGAAAUGUGCAACUGCUGCUGCAAGGAAACUACACGGAGAAAGACCAUCAAUCUUACAACUUGCUGUGAACAUAAGAGGUAGAUUUGUACCACCUUUACCACGAAAUGCAAUUGGGAACAUCAUUUGGAAUGCAGUGGCUAAAUGUGAUUCAAAUGACGACUUGAGAUUAGAUACCAUGGCAAGACACAUUAAUGCUGGUAUUGCGAAAAUUGACACCAGUUUUGUUGAGCAGUUUAAAGGGGAGGGCGGUUUUGAUAAGAUUGUCGAUGAGAUGAAACACCUGGGAGGUCAACUGUCGAGUUUUGAUACAGAUUACUACUCUUCGAGUAGCAUGUGUAAUUCCGGGCUAUAUGAAGCUGACUUUGGCUGGGGAAGGCCUGUUUGGUCGUGUUUUGGGUAUUUAAACACUGAUCUUGCUCUCUAUACGAAUGCCAUACUUUUGAUGGAUACGAGUACAGGCGAUGGGAUCGAAGCAUGGGUCACCUUGAGCCAAGACGAAAUGGAGAUACUCGAGCAUGAUCCUGAUCUCCUCUUAUAUGCUUCUGUCGAGCCUAGUCCUCUCUAA